AUGACAUAUCUUGAAUCCCAGUCCAUGCAGCGCGGCAACGGCUGCGAUCCAACAUGGAGAAGGUCGCUCCCAGCCAAAUCGAGUGUACAGCAGCGGCUGCCCAUCACGCUGCCUGAGCUGGUGGACACCUCCCCCUCCCUGACCGAUGAUGGGUCCAUCAUAACGGGGGAGCGCCGCACGCGGGUGUUUGCACUGGACCGCCGUACGGGGUCACUGCUGCAUGUGUUCAGUGACCGGGAGGCGGAGGUGGCGGCGGCGGCGUCAGCCGGAGGGGCGGGGGCGGGGGGCUCCUUAGCGGAGGCUCCUGAUCCGCUGCUGCGGCCCCCAGGGCCGUUCGGCAUGGGAGGCAUUCCGGUUCUUCAGAUGCUGGACCCCGACCGCAUCCUGCUAGUGGGCCGACAGGACUUCCUGGUGCGCUCCAAGCAGGUCAGCAACUGGGGGGGGGGGAAUUGGGAGGGGUGGGAGGGCGGGGUGCUGCCGCUCUUCACAGUGGGGGCGGAUCAUACGCUCCAGGCCUAUGAUCCGGCCUCCCGCCUCCGCCGUUGGGCCCUACGUUUCAAGACACCCCCCGUCGGCGUCUUUGCAGAGGAGCAUGGCGACACCAAUUUCCUGGAUCCUGCCACCGUACAUCCCCUUCUAGAUCUGGAUCCAGAACCGCCGGCGGCGGCGGGAGCGCCAACGGAUGCGCGACGGCGCCGCCACCACCACCACCGCGGCGGCGGCAGCGGCGGCGGCGGCUCGGACUCCACCGGCGGCGGCGGCGACGCCGCUGAUGGGGCCCGUAACCUUGUGUUGGUUGGGGAGUUGAAGGGCAGCUUGUACGCGAUGCCUGCGGAACGUGUCGUACUGGACGAACGUGUCGAGGUGGUGGUGGCGCCCUGGGACGCCAUAGCGCUGCCGGGGCCCGGGUCGGACUACCACUCAAUCAAACCCCUGCCGCUGCUGCCGUCAACAGCCGACGCCGCCGUCGCGCCGGCAGUAGUACCAGCGGCAGCUGAAAAGGCCGUUGUCGUACACAGCGGCGGCGCCAGCAGCAAGGAUCUCGUGGCGUAUGCGCGGGAUGCGGAGACGGGCGAAGGCGUGGUUUCGGGGCUGGCUUGCAGACCGCCGGGAUUGCAGAUCUUGGCCACGGUGGGAGAGCCCACGGGGGUACGGCAGCCCUGGCUGCCCGAUGCGCCGAAACCGGGGGGUGGGCUGCGCUUGCCCGCCGCUGGCAAUUCCAGUGGCGGCAGCGGCGCUGGUGCGGCCGCCGCGACGGGGGCCUUUGUGUUGGGCGUCGAGGCGGGCAGCGGCAUGCUUACAGUGGUGCUCCUGGCAACGGCAGGUGUAGGCGCCGCUGCUGUACUUGUUGUACUGCAGUUUCGCGGCGGCAAGACCGCGGCCGCCGGUCUGAACGGCAAGGGCUCCGCGGCGUCAGCCGCCAUUGACGUUGCCGCCGCCGCUGCUGCAGCGGCAGUAGCUGGGGGCGCCGCCGCCGGGGAAGCAAACAUCCCCGCUGCUGCUGCUGCUGCUAUGAAGAGCGGUGGCGGCGGCGGUCCGGGUGGAAGCCGUGGGGCGGGGUCGGGCCGAGGACGGCGGAAGGGCCGUGGCGGCGAGGGCGGCAGUAGCAGCAGCGGCGGCGGCGGCGGCGGCGACGGCUCCUCUUUCCGUUCCUCUGACACACAUCUAUCCAGCAUUCCUGAGAACCAACAGCUGCCGUCGGGCACAGAGGGACCCCCCUCCCCGUCAGCUCGCCCCACCUUCUCCCCGUCCCCCCGGGGUCCCCCCGGUGCGGUCGCCGCCCCCCACCUGCCUAGCGCGGAGCCCCGGGUGCGGCUGAGGGGGGACGGAUCGCUGGCCAUUGGUCGACUUGUGGUGGGACCCGGCAUCCUGGGGUACGGCAGCGCCGGUACGGUCGUGUACGAGGGUGUACUGGAUGGCAGGCCUGUCGCAGUGAAGCGGCUCCUCCGCCAGUUCACUGAGUUGGCUCGCAAGGAGAUCGAGGUGCUCAUCUUGAGUGACGAGCACCCCAACGUGGUGAGGUGCUUCGCGCUGGAGGAGGACCGGGAGUUUGUCUACCUGGCGCUGGAGAAAUGCAGGUGCCUCUCCACGCUUCUCGACGUGUGUCGGGGUUUGGCAGCCCUCCAUGAACGGGGCAUCGUACACAGAGACCUCAAACCACAUAACGUGCUGCUCACUGAGUCUGGCCAGCGUGCGAAGUUAUCCGACAUGGGUUUGUCGAAGCAGCUGGUUCCGGAGCAGAGCAGUUUUGAGAGCCACCACGGCCCCGGGGGCUCCAGCGGGUGGCAGGCUCCCGAGCAGCUCAUCGCGCGGGACGGGGGGGCGGCUCGACAGACCCGGUCCAUGGACGUGUUCUCGCUGGGGUGCAUCCUCUACUAUUGCAUGACGGGCGGCCGCCACCCCUUCGGGGACAACCACUACGAGCGAGACGCCCGCAUCCUCCGCGCCGACCCCGUGUUGGGGCCCCUGUGUACGGCGGGGCCCGAGGCCUUCAACCUGGUGAGCUCCUGCCUCGCCCGUGAGCCCGCCAGCCGCCCGGCAGUGGGGGCGGUGCUGGGCCACCCGCUGUGGGUUGAGAACGAGGACCGGGAGCCCGACACCAGCCUGCUAGCCGCCAUGGAGUCGUACGCGGCAGUGGCAUUGGCGGGCCCGGGGAUGGAGGCACUGGAGGGAGCGGGUAUCUUCGCCUCCUCCUCCUCCUCCCCCCCCUCCUCCAACACCCCGGGUUUGACGGCCGCGCUGACGGCCGCUCUGGCCGCCUCCUGCCUGCCCAACUGGGGCGCCUCCCUGCCUCCGGAGCUGGUGGGCAAUCUGGGCCGGUACCGGCGGUACGACUUCACCUCGCUGAGGGACCUCUUGCGGGUGGUACGGAACAAGAGAAACCACUUCCGGGAAAUGCCGCCCGCGUUGCAGUCCAUGCUGGGGCCGCUGCCGGGUGGCUUCCUGCGCUUCUUCUGCGGCCGCUUCCCGCACCUGCUGCUGGCCGUGUACGUGUUCGCCGUACGGCACCUGGCCAACGAACCCACCCUGCAGCAGUACUGGGGGGACGGGGGCGGAGGGGAGGGGGCGGAGCCCUUCGUGCGGACCUUCAUGGCAAUGUACGGCAACCGCAUGAAGCCCACGAAAACACAACAACAGCCGCAGCAGCAGCAGCAGCAGCAGUCACCGGCCGGAGGGGCAUCAACACAGGGCCUGGUUUCGGAGCCACAGGCGGCGCAGGCGGUGGUUGGUGCUGCGACCAUUGUGAUAACUGCUACCGCAACAGCAACCGGUACCGGAGGCGGUGAGGAGGCGAAGAUCCCGGUCGCACCUCCCCCGACGGCGGUGGCGGCGACCUCCUCCUCCUCCGUGUCCUCAUCAGCUGCUGUCCCGGUAGGUUCGGGCAGCUGCUCAGGGCCACCGGGCCCCGCGGGGGGCCGCAGCAGCAGCGGCAGUGGCGACCCGCAGCUUCCUGCAUUUCCCCCUCCUCCUCCCCAACCGCCACCCCCGCUGGUACUUGUGGGCUACGAGCCCUCCGGCGACGACGGCGCGGUCAUGGUUCGGGAGUUUCCUCGCCGUCCUGGAAAGCAGCUGUGCGACUUCUACGUCAAAACGGGGCACUGCAAGUUCGGGGAGUCGUGUGUUUUCGAUCACCCGGAGCUGUAUGCGGUGCGACUGACGGCGUUGGGGCUGCCCCUGCGGCCCGAGGAGCAGAUCUGUACCUUUUACUUGAAGAACAAUGAGUGCAGGUUUGGACCGGCGUGCAAGUUCCACCACCCUCCGCUGCGGCCCGUGUAUGCGGGAUCAUUGGCGGUUGGGGUAGCGGAGGGGGCAGGGGGAGGUGCAGCUGUUAGUAAUGAUUCAAUUCAUUAUAAUGUGGUGUUUGACGGCGUUUCGGUCCACAGACCCCCCGAACGCGGUACUGGUUUCGCUUGA